CCUCUCCUCCUGCAGCAGCAGCAGCAGCGGCAGUAUUAUGAUCCAGCUCUUCCACUCUGGAUCACUGCACUUCAGUGUGUGGCGGAUUAAAUAAAGGCGUCAGUUCCUGAGAGGGACUGCUCUCUCUCUCUCUCUCUCUCUCUGUGUGUCACUAGGGUCGGACACUUCACCUCUCCUCGCAGCCUCUGUCACUCUUGGUUAGAGGGGUUUCCCCCCUCAGUGUUCAGCCUCCAGCUCACCUGCUCUCUCUCACCCUCCACCAUGCGCCCCCGCUCUGCGCUCCGCUGGUUCACCUGCCUCCUCUUCCUUCCCUCUAUUUUCUCCUCCUCUCGUCCCCAGUGGAUGCUCCAGCGUGUCCCUGUGGUCCUCCCACAGAACACGGAGUCCCGGCCCGCCCCUCACUUCCUGUCGCCGGCCCGCCUGGACGUCGCCUCGCCGUGUGACCCGGAGUGCCACAGGAGAGCGCCACAGCCCAGCUACUGGGACCUGCGGGGUCUUCUGGCCUAUGAGACGCUCCACUCUGACGGUCAACUCACUGAGACCGCCAUUGAGAUCUACGGCUACAAGUCCAGCUCCAACACGAGUCCGGCGUACUCGCAGGGGUCGCCUGUGAGCACCGAGCGGUCACAUGUCAGGAGGAAGCGGCAGAUCUUUGGGCACGACGGGCGGUUUAGCAUCGCCGGACAGAACCACCUGCUGAAAUAUCCCUUCUCUGUGGCUGUGAAGCUGUCCACUGGGUGUUCUGGUACACUGGUGGGUGACCAACAUGUCCUCACAGCCGCUCACUGCGUUCACGACGGCAAAAACUACGUGAAAGGAGCCCAGAAGCUCCGGGUUGGAUUUUUAAAGCCAAAGCAUCGAGACUCGCAGACUUCCUCGAUUUACUUCAAACCCUCCAACUUCACCAAUCACUUCGAAGGUCGCUCCGCUCUCUACGAGCCACCGACCAACGACAGGAUGAAGUUCCAGUGGAUCAGAGCCAAGCGUACCCACGUUCCAAAGGGAUGGAUUAAAGGGAACGCCAACGACAUCGGAAUGGACUACGACUACGCUUUGCUCGAACUCAAGAAGCCCCACAAACGCCGCCACAUGAAGUUAGGAGUCAGCCCCCCAGCUCAGAGGCUGCCCGGUCAUCGCGUCCACUUCUCCGGGUACGAUAACGACCGCCCGGGUCAGCUGGUGUAUCGCUUCUGUCAGGCUGGCGAGGAGACGUCGGACCUGCUCUACCAGCACUGUGACGCUCAGCCCGGAGCCAGCGGCUCGGGGGUCUACGCCCGCAUGUGGGAUAGGCGGCGCCGGCGCUGGGAGAGGAAGGUGAUCGGCGUGUUUUCCGGGCACCAGUGGGUGGAGCGACAGGGGGCGUCUCAGGAAUUUAACGUCGCCGUGAGAAUCACGCCUCUCAAAUACGCUCAGAUUUGCUACUGGAUAAAAGGGAACUUUGUGGACUGCAGAGAAGGCUGAGGACGAGGACCGAUCUGUCCUCACUCCUUAUAGCACUGACAUAAUGUAAAUAUCUAAUUAUUGUUUGUUUCCAACAUCAGUGAUGCAAAGACAGACGAAAAUCCACUAACAAACACGUCAUUACAGUAUUUAAUCGCAUCAUUCCAGAUGUUUUGCGUCUCCAGACACAUUUUUAACAGUGUGUUCCAUUUGUACUGGGAACUCGGAGGUUCAGCGAACGUAGAUUGCCAGUUCGGAAACUCACCAACCCCGACAAGGGAUUCCAAGAUGGCUGCCACCAAACGACCCCUGCUACUUUUACUGCUAAUAUCACUCCUGUCGCAUUUGUUUCACGGUAAAACCGGUCGUACACGUAGUACUGUUUCAUUUGUAUCCGUAGACAUGUCGCUACUACACAAAAUACCGCGUAGAGCGUUGUUAUCAACUGGUAUCGCCGUUAGCGGCUAACAGCGGCUAGCCUGAGCUACGGUCGUGUUUCUGACUUCUCAACUGGAACGUGUUGAACUUGAGGGGGCGACGUCACUCCUAGUUCGGAAUUCCACUGUAAAUGGAAUGCAGCAUAAGCGUGAAAAUGUUGUUAUAUUGUUGUUGAAGGUCCAGUGUGUAAGAUUUAGUGAGAAUUAGCGACAGCUAAUGGGGAAACUACGUUGGCCUUCACAUGCCAGAAAAGAUUUAGUUCAUUAAAAAGAUUUGUUCACAGAAUCUCGUUCAGUACUUCCGUCUUGGUUUUCCUUCGUCUUUAAAAUGUGACACGCACCACCGCUGUAGAAACACGGUGGCACAAGACAUCCGAGCUGCAGCUCACAAUUAUUUUCUCGAUUAAUCGUUCGGUCCGUAAAAUAUCAGUAAUAUCAGUUAAAAAAAUGUCGAUCAGUGUUUGUCAAACUCGGAAGUGAGGAUGUUCUCAAAUGUCUUGUUUUUGUCCACAAACCAAAAUCAUUCACUUUUAAUUGUUUCUUUGGAGCAAAGAAACCAGAGAAUAUUCACAUUUCAGAAGCUAAACAAUCAGAAAUCUUGACAAUUAAUUUAGUAAUUGAUAAAUAAUCAAUUAAUACAGUCAUUGUACAAAGGUUUAUUCUAAGGCUAGGAAAACCAAAUAAAUUUGAUUUUAUGUCAAUUAUACACCAACACAAACAUACCGAUGGUUAGUCAUUUUCUUUGACGAUAUUAGAUAGGAUGGUAGAGUGUGAAUAUAUUCAAUUUCUGUCAAUAAAUCCUCAUAAAGGUUACACACUCGACCUGUAUGUGGGCAAACAUUUACGUCAGGAGGUUUUUAUUUAUCUGAACAGCAAAGAACACGUUGGGAUUUCUGUUUGUUUUUGGAGUGAAGGCUAAAUAGAAGAGCAGGGGGAGGCUUUUCACUGCAAUGCCUGUUUUUUUUUUUUGUGUCUUGAGCUAACACUAAAGAUUGCACUGUUUCAGAUUUGUUUCUACUGAUUCAUGUUGAUGAAUGUACAAAGUCAGCUACCAAAGAUGCCAAAACUCUCAUGUCUCUCCUCUCAGUGGACACAGAGUUUUGGAGGAACAUUGGAUUUGUCACAGAUUGAUGUUUAACGACUGUACUUCACUCCUGCCAAGGCUGCAAGUAACAACACAUGUUUAUUGUACACGCAUAUUUAACGUUAGUGCUGAGCUCCCCCUGGUGAUGAAGACUGAGCAUUACAGGUCUACUUUCCAGCAACUUGGCCUCAGCCUACAUGAGCACUUUCUUCGUCCCCCUCACUUUUGUGACAGUGUAUGGUUUGUUUUUCUGACAACAAAUCUAAUGAAAUAUA